UAUUACCAAUCAAAUCAAAAGAAAGACAAAGAGGAUGAGAAUAUAUCCAAAUAAGACUAUACCCACCAAUAAAAAACCACAAAAUGAGAUUUUUUCCUAACCAAAAUAUCUUCACCACAGCAAGAAACAUGGUCCACCACUUGAUACACAAACAUCAGUUCCAUCUCCUACAAUCUAAGACCUGCAAAAACUAACCCAGAACUAGAACAAAUUCCAAUCACAGUAGUGUUCUAAUUUUUAAGUCAUAAAAAUGGCAACUUUCACUUCAAUUAUACAGAACCAAUCAAUUUCAUCUUCAUUAUAUCAAAAAUUUCAAGAUUCAUCUUAUCUUUACUCAAACUCUGCUCAAUCAUCUUCUUUAAUGAUCAGUUCUGCAAGAACUACAGGCGGUUUACACUACCGAUGUUCGCCUGUGGGAUUAAGCAUCCGAAAUGCAGCAACUAGACCUGCUAAAUCACCAGCUGAAGAAGAGUGGAAGGUUAAGCGCGAAGUUUUGCUCAAGAACAAGGUAAGAAGUGUAGAUCCGAAAGAAGCUCUGCGUCUACAGAAGGAGAAUAACUUUGUGAUUCUUGAUGUACGGCCAGAAGCAGAAUUCAAAGGGGGCCAUCCACCAGGGGCAAUUAAUGUGCAAGUAUACAGACUUAUAAAGGAAUGGACGGCAUGGGACAUUGCCAGGCGAGCUGCAUUUGCAUUUUUUGGCAUCUUUUCAGGCACUGAAGAAAAUCCAAACUUUCUACAAGAGGUUGAAUCAAAAAUCGACAAAAACGCCAAGAUCAUUGUGGCCUGUUCAUCUGGUGGCACUAUGAAACCCACCCAAAAUCUUCCUGAAGGUCAACAAUCAAGGUCAUUAAUAGCAGCCUAUUUGCUUGUACUCAAUGGUUACAAGAACGUCUUCCACCUAGAGGGAGGUCUUUACAAUUGGUUCAAAGAAGAUCUUCCAGGAGUUUCAGAAGAAUGAUAUAAAUCAUGAUAUCAUGAAGUUAAUUUUGUACGUGUGCUAGACAUCCUGUAUGUAUAAACAAUGAGUUUGCCUUACAUAGAGCUGCAGUUAUCUUCGUCAACAUGACCCGAGCAUUCCUUGUACAUUUUCAUCGAGAAAAUUGCACAUCUGUAUUGAUAUAGUUGGCUGUCACUUAAAAAAAAUAAUUAUCGGAAGCUUAUUUGUAUUAUGUCAAGCCAAUAUAAGAACUCAUGGGGAUCGUUCAGUGGUUGUUGUGACCAACAUUUCGUUCGCAGUAAGUUCAGAAAUCUUUAUAAUAACAAUUUUUCUACUUUGAUACAGGUGAUAUUUUGUUCUCUAUCCUAGAAGCUCAAAAGGCUCGUGAAUCUAGGUGUCAAUUCGCAUUGGUAAAGAAUCAAUCACAGAACCAUCCAUGACACCACUAAAUUGUAGACCAUGAUCAUAUGUAGUGAUUCGUCAUGGAGAAAUUUAGAGGUAAUUAAAUGAUCAGAAAAAAAAAAAAAAAAAAAAAAAAAAAAAAAAAAAAAAACUAAA